GUCUCUAGUCAUCACGCUUUGCAUCUACAACGAGAGUGAACUGAAAAAAAAAUUAAAAAGGGUAAUUGUUGACACCUGCACCAGAGACUUUCAUCCGUCAGGAUGAGGACCACCAGCAUUUGCCUGCUGCUCGCAUGUCUCGGAUUGACAGGAGCAUUGACAAGGAAGCAAGAGUCAGCUGAACAGGGUAGACGAAAAAUUGGUUAUCGCAGACACCAGACGACAUCACCAGCUCCAGAGGACGAUGAAGAGUACGAGGACAUAGUCUUACCGAACGAGUGCCCAGAGCCCAACGGUUUUUUCCCCGAUGACAAGCAGUGCGAUAAAUACUACGACUGCAGGGAUGGAAAAUUCACGGCCAAAUUGUGCCCCGAUGGACUCGUCUUCAACGACUUCAGUCCACAGCACGAGAAGUGUGAUCUUCCCUUCGGAAUCGAUUGCAGCAAACGACCGGAGAGACAGUCCCCUCAAUCCUCUCCCCACUGUCCCCGAAUGCACGGAUAUUUUGCCCACGAGACUCCAAGCAUCUGCGACACAUUUUACUACUGCGUCGAGGGUAAAUUCAAUAUGAUAACGUGCCCCGAUGGUCUCGUCUUCUCCGAGAAAACCGGUAUCUGCAAUUGGCCGGAUGAGGCCCAGAAGAAGGGCUGCGGCUCCAAGGAGCUAUUCAAUUUCACUUGUCCAAAGGUCAAUGAGACAGUGGCAGCAACUCAUCCUCGUUAUCCUGACAGCGAGGACUGUCAAUAUUUCUAUGUCUGCGUUAAUGGUGAGAUACCGAGGAGAAAUGGUUGUAAAAUUGGUCAAGCAUUCGACGAACGCACCGGCAAGUGCGACUGGGCAAGAAAAAUUCCUGAAUGUAAAGACUGGUACAAAGGGCAACUGACUGAUGCAGAAUUGGAUGCCCUGGAGAAUCCCCCACCGAAGGCAAAACCAACGGGUGGUCCAAGCCGACGAAAAAGCUCAAGACCCACAAAAAUCUGAGCUCCACCUAGACUAAGAAAAUAUUUAAAUCGUAUUUUUUUUUUUCCAACCGAGAAUUUUCUACUGUAAUUGUUAAAUAAAGUAAACACUUUACGUAAAAUGGA